CAUUAGUUAUUUCGUGCCUUCCUGCUUCCUCCAGCCUUUCUGGGCUUUUCUCAAGUGAACUGUCAUCGGAGGGAAUACUGUUAUAGCUUUGUGGGCGAUUGUGGUGCGGUCUACGUCAGUGGCAGAAGCAGCAACAUUAUUUUCUAAACAGAACUUAACGGCUUAUUAGGCGAACUGUGCGCGUCCAUACAUUAUCGACGAAAAUACAGUAUCUACCUGAUUACCAAAGCAUGGAAGCGAUUCCUCCCACUACGCCCAGAGAAGGGACCUCAUCUCCGACCGCUGCUACAGACGAAAAGGAUGACGCCGAAUCCGAUUGUGUUGCAGAGAUUACCGACCGCAUGAGCACUCUGGAGGUUCUCGAUUUUAACAAACGUGACAUAGAAUUUUCGGUCGGGCGUGAUUUUGGUCCCGCAAAGCUCUUUAGAGCCAAUAAAGAACUUCUGAGCAGGGACAGUGCUGUGUUUCGGGCCAUGUUCUAUGGAGGUUUGGCGGAGAACUGCGACAAACCCAUCGACCUUCCGAGUGAUCGUCCUGAGGCAUUUAAGAGUAUACUUUGCUACAUGCACCACUAUGGUUUAAUCGGAAUCUUGCACCCAGCGAAUGUGUUGGCCAUUCUUUCGUGUGCCGAUAAGUACGACGUGCCGCGGCUAGUUGACCACUGCUUCCAGUUCAUUCACGACGAGAUGUAUGCAGCAAACUGCGUGACGUAUCUGGAAGAGGCUAUCUUGUGGCACAACGAUAAAGGUGUCAGCCAGUGCUUAGACACCGUGGACGCGUUUACCGAAGCCGUUUUCCGAUCACAGCCGUUCACAGCAAUUGAGCAAACGACUUUAGCGAUGAUUUUGGGACGGAAUACGCUUUCAGCUAACGAGAAUGUUAUUUACAGCGCUGCUCAAAGAGUCAAAGAUGGGCGAUUGCCGCUUGUACUCGAAACAACCUGGAACCAUCGGGCGUUAAUCAGCGCGAAAUGCUGGGAGAGAUACUGUCGUAUUAUGAGGUUGUCAACGGUACUAAGAAGUACGCGAUUAACUAACGACUCUCCGGACGGGAUCGUCGUAACCACUAUCCCUGCCUUGCUCAGUGAGUAUCGCAACUCUUGUCUCAACUGUUACAGCGGAUCACAGGAAAUACGCGGAAUCUGGUGAGGGCGGACAGUCAGUGGAUGUACGGUGGAAUCCCUCGUACGUACUCCUCCACACGUGACCCCCACAAACGUUUCUUGGCUCCUGCCAAUAUAAACAAGUCCAUCCGCAACAUCCCGUGCGAUUGUGAGCGCUCCAUCCCUGAUCCAUCUCCCAUCCUUCGCCACAAUCCACGCAUGCCCAUCCGAUGCCCAAUGACUGUACGCCUGAUCCGUGUGAGUUGUUAGUGUAUGGAUCCUAGCGUCGUUGGCAUCCGGAAGUCCACGGGAUUGGCGAGGAGGAGGUCCAGGAUCCAAGGAGCUAAAAUCUACUGCGUACUACUGUGCCGUUCAUGUGAUGGAUUUUCUGUGUUCUGUAUUGGCACCAGGCUUUAAUAAAGUUUAAAACUGAAUUACUUUAUACUGUU